AUGCCCAUCAACCCCGCCCCCUCCUCCGCCUCCUCCUCAUCCCCCUCCACCGAAGACAAACAAACCUAUCUCACAUGGUCCAACUUCUUCUCCAUCCUCACCAACACCUCCACGCCCGAAGUCCGCUCCGCCUACUUCGCCGAACGCGACCUCCGCAACGAAUCCCGCGACAUCGCGCGCGCCGAAGCAGACGUCAAAUGGCUCUUCAAAGCCUCCCCAAUCAUCACCUUUCUCCAACACCAAAUCAACCUCCUCGGCCCCGCCAACGGCGCCGCAGCCAUCGGGCCCCACAACGUCCGAUGCAGACGCUGCACGACCCAACAAUCCGGCGGCUUCAGCAUCGACCACGGGAUUUUAUUAUGCGCCAACCAUUUCCGCAAUCGCGGACAUUUGGAAGACACGCUCGCGCACGAAAUGGUACACGCGUACGAUCAUUUGCGCUUUAAACUCGAUCCCUUGGAUUUGCGACAUGCGGCGUGCAUGGAAAUUCGCGCGAGCAUGUUGAGUGGGGAGUGUCGGUUCACGAGAGAGUUUCUCACGAGGCAUCAGUGGGGGAAUUUUACGCAGCAGUUGCAGGAAUGUGUGCGGAGGAGGGCCGCGUUGAGUGUGGCGGCGAGGCCGGCGUGUAAGGAUGAUGUGCAGGCGGUGAGGGUGGUGAAUGAGGUGUGGGAUAGUUGUUUCAAUGAUACGAGGCCGUUUGAUGAGAUUUAUAAGUGAGGGAGAGGAGGAGGAGGAAGAAGAGGGAAUGAGUUCCUGAAUAGGAGGAGAUGUGGGAUUCAGAAUCUGCGUAUGAUAUACACUCUACAGGAUUGAGAGGUCAUCACAUGGGGGGAAUGUGCUCAACGCGCGUGCUCAAAUUGGCACAUCAUCCUGCGGGAGUAGCAGCCAGUCCGGCAGUAAAGACAACUGUGAACCACCCUGCGAGCACGCAGUCUGUAAGGCGCGAUACUUUUCUGCAGUGGCCAGAUGUGAACAAGGCUAGCGAUGAAGCAAGCCAUGCUAUGGACAACCCCAGUCUCACGAGUCGAGGUCUAGAUUUCGGGACAAGCCUAACUACAUACUCUCCACGAAACUGUAGAGGCAGAAUCUGUGGUAGACGUAUGCGUAGAGAGAAAGAAGUCGAAAGUGUACCUGUAAGGCACAAGGAGCGUUGAAGAAUUGAAGAAGGCAGAAUUAGGGAGUUAGGGGUCAGGUAGCAAUAGACGGACAAACAGAC